AUGCACUGAGUUAACUCAAAUCGACUCAUGAGACUCAAGUACCUUGCCAUGCCUUCCAGACAAAACCAGUUCAUGCAUAAAUGAGAUUUAAGGAAAGGUCAAACUUCAUUGUACUAUCGAAGCUCGAAAGUCUGAGAGAGAAUCAUCAACACUAGUACACUGUCAGGAAUCUAUUUUCCUUAACACAUUUAGUAUCAUCCGUUGCUUUCUUACCCUCUUUUUUGACCACCUAUUUCUGUCCGAAUUCCUACCACCUUAUUUAAAUUUACACCCACUCAAUUAAACAUAGUCGAUCGUACAGUAAUAACAGUAAUUCUUCAAUGUUCAUAUGGACCUUUCUUCAUUCUUAUAUAAGAUUCAAGUUCUAAGCUUUUGGGAUUUGCGAUUCUUUCGUUUUCCAUGUGGGUAUAGUGUCAUAAUCGCUAUGAACAAGAAAGCGUUUAUGAAGAUGCGGGGGUUCAUGUGCCAGUCACCGGAGGGGACAGCGUCGUGCAUGAUACCCGACUGCCGCCCGGUGAUUGUGUCACGGAGGUCGGCUGAUCGGACGUUGGUUGAACAUGCGAGGUUGUUGAGUAAUACCAAGUACAUUCGACUUGCAGAGCGUCGUGGGUUUGUUGUUCCGGCGAGGAGAUCGGCAUCGGCUGCUGACUCUGUUUUGUCAGCGGCGAGAGACGACCGCCAUGAUCGGGUGAAGUUGGACCAAAAUGCCCACCCUUUAUCGACGGCCAACCAGGUCUUUCAGGUGGUGGUGAUGAGGGUUUCCAUUCACUGUCAUGGGUGUGCUGGUAAAGUCAAGAAACAUUUAUCAAAUAUGGAAGGUGUGACGUCGUUUAGCAUUGAUCUGGAGAGCAAGAGGGUAACGGUGAUGGGACACGUGUCGCCAGUGGCUGUAUUGGAAAGCAUAUCAAAGGUGAAGAAAGCUGAGUUUUGGCCUUGCUGAUACCCAAAAGUUAAAUGCAUUGUAUUUUGUAUUCCAUGUUUUUUUUUUAUUUGGUUAGAUAUUUAUUUAUGUAAUGGAAUUAUAUGGUUAUACUUUUAUAAGUUAGCGUAAUGAAAUAGAGUUUUUAUGAUU